GACGAACUGUCAAUCACACACAAUGGGGCGGAACCGUCGGUCGCUGUUACAGACUGAAAAAUAUCAGCGAGCUGAUCAGCGGUCUUCGAGCUGAAAGACAAACUGACGACGACAGACAGAAAUGGACAUAAAAAAGAAAACUAAUGUUAUGUUUGUCUUAAGUCUGUAGUUGAGCGGCGUUAAUCGUGUUGGUUUAAUCUCGCUCAAUGUUACAGGAAGCGCGUGAAGCGGGGGAGGGAAGAUCCGCAGCGACGCUCUAUUUUUAACAUUUUGUAUUAUUUUGACUCGGGAAUGAGCUAAAGAAACUUCACAGUAUUGGCGUACAACACCAUAAACACACUAAAGGGAACAGUUAGAGGAUAAAUCAAGAAGAUAAAUCAACACAUCUGAGCAAAAACACCGUGACGUGAGAGGACGGGGUCACAGUGCACCUUAUGUCAUGGAUUUAAAAACUGCCGUUUUCAACGCAGCCAGAGACGGCAAACUAAGACUCCUGCAGAAACUGCUGGAGAACAAAACCGAUCACGAUGUGAUGAAACUCAUGGCGGAGAAGACGAACGGAGCGACGCCGUUACUGAUGGCUGCCCGUUACGGGCACCUGGAGCUGGUGGAGUACCUCAUCGAAUGCUGCUGCGCUCCCGUCGAGAUCGGAGGCUCUGUGAACUUUGACGGCGAGAUCAUCGAGGGCGCGCCGCCGCUAUGGGCCGCGUCUGCCGCCGGACAUUUAAAAGUCGUGCAGUCGCUGCUGGGUCACGGCGCCUCUGUGAACAACACGACGCUCACGAACUCGACGCCGCUUAGAGCCGCUUGUUUUGAUGGACAUUUGGACAUUGUCAAAUAUUUGGUGGAGCACAAAGCAGACCUGGAAGUGGCUAACAGGCACGGCCACACGUGCCUCAUGAUCUCAUGUUAUAAAGGCCACAGAGAAAUUGCGCAGUAUCUGCUGGAGAAAGGGGCGGACGUGAACAGGAAAAGUGUGAAAGGUAACACAGCUUUACACGACUGUGCCGAAUCUGGGAGUUUAGAGAUCAUGAAGAUGCUUUUGAAGUUUGGAGCCACAAUGGAGAGGGACGGUUACGGAAUGACCCCGUUGCUCUCGGCCAGCGUGACGGGCCACGCCAACAUCGUGGACUUCCUCGCGCAACAUCCUCAGACUAACAAAAGUGAGCGGAUCAACGCUCUGGAAUUGCUUGGGGCGACAUUUGUGGAUAAAAAGCGGGAUCUUCUAGGAGCGCUGAAGUACUGGAAGAGAGCUAUGGAUCUGAGAUACAGCGAUUCGAGCGACGUUCUCCUGAAGGAAGAGCCCAGGCAGCUGGUAACGGCGUACGACUGCACCAAAGAGGUGAACACGUUAGAUGAGCUGGACGGCUUGAUCGCGGACCCCGACGACAUGAGAAUGCAGGCCCUGCUAGUUCGGGAGCGCGUUCUUGGCCCGUCUCACCCGGACACGUCCUACUACAUCCGCUACAGAGGCGCCGUCUACGCUGACUCUGGGAAUUUCGAGCGAUGCAUCAAAUUGUGGAAGUAUGCGCUGGACAUGCAGCAGAAUAACUUGGACCCGCUCAGCCCCAUGACGGCCAGCAGCCUCCUGUCUUUCGCCGAGCUCUUUUCCUUCAUGCUGCAGGACCGUGCCAAAGGCCUCCUGGGAACUUCGGUGUCCUUCGACGACCUCAUGGAGAUCCUCAGCAAAAGCGUUCUGGAGAUCGAGCGUGCGGUCAAGCAGCCCAACCCCGGGCCGGACCCCACCCAACUCGGCAAGGUGCUGUCCAUCAUCUUGCACCUCAUCUGCUUGCUGGAGAAAGUCCCCUGUACCGUCGAGGAGGAUCACUUCAAGAAGGAGACCAUUUACAAGUUUCUCAAGCUACAGCCCUGCGGGAAGAACGGCUACAGCCCUCUGCACCUGGCCGUCGACAGGAACACCACGUGCGUGGGCCGCUAUCCGGUCUGCAAGUUUCCCUCUUUCCAGGUUGCGUCCAUCCUGCUUGAGUGUGGUGCCGACGUGAACUGCCGCGACGAAGAUAACAACAGCCCCCUUCACGUAGCUGCCUCCAACAACCAUCCCGACAUCAUGAACCUGCUGAUCGCCUGCGGGACGCAUUUCGACAGCACCAAUUCGUUCAAACAGACAGCAUGUGACCUGCUGGACGAGAAGGAGAUGGCCAAGAACCUGAUUCAGCCCAUCAAUCACACCACGCUGCAGUGUCUGGCGGCACGAGCCAUCAUUAAACACGGCCUGACGUACCGAGGAAACAUCCCGGAGCGGCUGGAGGCGUUCGUGCUGCUGCACAGAUAGUGACGCGAAGACUUGGGUUGGGAUUCGGACAGACAGAGCUUCCUUUCUUUCUCGGAUCGGCAACGAUGGAGGGAUUCCGUUACGUUGGCAUGCACGACCGAUUCCUACCAUCUUUGCUCGGAUUGCUGUUAAAACAUUAUUUCUUCACGCUUUAUACAGGUUUUUAUCCUUUGCUUUGUAAGAAUCUCUCUAUGCAAAGACGGUAGGACACGGACGGUUUGUUUGUUUUUUUGUUGCCGGUAUCCGUACGGACCGUACCGUACGGUUCAUAGAGUUAACCCAGCGCCGGCUCUGCAGUUUUACUUUCGCUGUUGUGUUGUCGAGCGCAUUGGAACGCUGUCAUUACUCCCUCAAUCAGAAACGAGCAUUGUGAUGUGUUUACUGAUGUUUGCAGAUACCAUAAGUGCUUUUAUACUUCCUAUGCACAGGCUUUAUUAUAUUGGGACUGUUCUGUGUUACUGGAUUGUGCCACUUGUUUUUGUGACUGCCUGUUUUUUGUUUUAUUUGGUUUGGUCAAUUUUUACACUCAUCUCUUUCCUCGGUCUCUCUUCAUUUGGUACACUAAUUAUGUUGCGAUCGGGCACAAGCAAAUCUGGCUGCAUCCUCAUCUUUUAGUCCUGAACUUUGAACUCGGUCGAGCUGUAACAUCAAAACUAAAGUUUGAUCAAAGUUGAUCGAGCGAUACGAACAGAUCCUCGCGUUUCUUUUUUAGUCUUCUCUUGUGAGAUCUUCACUGGAAUCUUCAUCAGCUCUGGGUAGUUUAACUUCAUCUUGGUUACAUUUGUACAGUUUGAUCUCAAGGGCUUUUGAUUCCUGGACAACAACCCAAUACACUAGUCAAUGAAUCACACGUACAGUACUUUCAGAAGGACUUGCACUUUAUUAAAGUGAGAUUUGAUAUUCAUAUUAUAAUAGCCUAAAGCUUGUUAAUGUCCUUAGAGCAUCAUUGACAAUAAACCUCUGUUGCACUUG